AUGGAUCCUUCCUUACCCCCUCCAGAGGUCACUGUUCUUCUGCUCGGCGACCCAGACGUGGGUAAAUCGACUUUCUUAUCCCGUCUCACCCUCGGUGUCCGCCCGCACAACGAUGACCUCCCUCCCUACUCGCUCCCCACCCUCCGCGAUAGCGACCAGCCCUUCACCUUCAACAUCUCCCUCUACAACCGGCCCUACACGCUCUCCUUCUACGACACCGCCUCGCCCACAUCCUACACGCUCAUACAGCCCUCCUUCAUAAUCCUGUGCUUCGACAUAUCUCGGCGCAGCACCCUAAACUCUCUCCGCGAUAGAUGGAUGCCGAUAGUCAAUAGCCACUUCAACUACGAUGAAGCGCUGCCUGUGAUGGUUUUGGGGCUGAAAAGAGACCUGAGGACUGAAUGGACGGAGGAGGAGAAGAGGGAUGGAGGGAGAGGGGAGAGCGUGAUGCCGCAGGAGGGCUUGGGUAUGGCGCAAGAGGGGCUGUGCGACAGGUAUGCGGAGUGUAGUGCGGUCACCGGAGAGCUGUGUAGGGAGGUGCUGGAGGAUGUGGCGAAGACUUGCGCGAAGACGACGACAGAGAAGGGGGCGAAGAGCCAGCCGACAAGCUGUGUGGUUAUGUAG